AUGGCUGCCAUUACCGCCAGUAACCUGCCUACACUAGACAUUCUCCAUUCUAAAUCCUCAACUCCUACUCGCUCUUCACAUCAUCAUCAACUCACAAACUCCCGCUCAUUCAUCACACUGACUUCACCAACUCAAAUGUCAUCUACCUCCGUCCUAGACCCGCCACACGGUACAUCAUUUUCAGAUUUCAUGCGCACCUGGAAUGACGCCCACGUCGCGCGAUGGCUCGCUGAUAAUAAAUGUGCUACACAUAUCCCAACCUUCAAGAAUAAUGACAUUCGCGGUGAUAUACUAUUAGAGCUAGACCAGGACACUCUCAAAGAAAUGGGCAUCGCCAGUAUCGGAGACAGGCUUCGCAUAGUCAAUGGCGUCAAGAAUUUAAGGAUAAAAUGUUCACAGCGCACUACAGUCCCUUCCAUGUCUGCCAUCGCCCAUACGAGGGCCUUCUUGGGCUCUCUUGACAUGCGUCCCCUCGAAUAUCCCAGAACAAACGCCGCCGAUCACUCCCACUCACGCUCAAACUCGCUAGAAGUAUCCAGUUCUAGAGAUUCAUCACCAACUUCUCGCACCCAUAAGCGUCUCGAUAGCAACAGGCCCGCUCCAUUGGUCCUGUCUCCUAGUUCAGGACGCCCUGAUCUUCCCCGCAUCAUUCGAGAACCUCAGUCUGGCGACAUACGCAACCCUCCCUCCAUACGCCCACUUCCCCAAAUCGGCCAGCCACCCCAGUCCACCACACCAAACAGCUACACUCCCCGCCCCUCCUUGCCACCUCUUCCUCCCCCGCCAAGGGGUCAACCACCUCAACCUCCACGCGCAAGCUCCCGCAAUCUCCAUCCAGUCAUCGGCCCACGCACCCGCACUCCAAACCAAGCAGACGCAACCAACUAUGCCAAUUCACCCCUCCCACCAGCACCCACACCCACCCCCUCCACCAUGCUCACAACUCCUACUCAAUCCAACAGCUGGUCCUUUGGCCUCCCCCCAGAUCCUCGAUCAGGCCCGUCCCCAAUCAAAUCACCCUCUCCCUUGGGCUCACGAUCAUCCCCACGUUCCAUUAACAUUGCCCACAACAGGAACAUCUCCUUCAAUGGCGUUCCUUCACCUCUUGCCCCUAAUCCCUCCAAUUCCAAGCUUCCUCCUAGGCCUUCCACGACUGGAACGAGUACUCAUCCGUAUGCGUCUGUACAAGCUCCCGCAUCUUUACAGGCUCCCACUCAGAAUGGGUUGGCGCUUUCCCCAAUCGUGGAGUCGUUCCAAGGGCAAACAUCAAGUUCGUCAUCAGGAUCAUCGUCACCCCCUUCAUUCGCAGUCGGACGCGGUCCCUUCAACCCUCCUGCUCAUAAUACCACAUUGGAUGCCCCCCGCCGUAAACUCGUCAGGUUUUCCAUGCCAGAAGAACAGCGGUCUUAUACCGUUGAUGUCGCUGAUUGUGCGGGCGGUAUAGAGGUGAUGGAGAAGGUACUCAAGAAAGCUGACAAAGUGGGCUCGGCGCGGAGGAAUGACGUCAUGAGCCGCGUCGAGACGGAUGAUGGUGGACUUAGCGUAGACGGGUGGUCCGUAUACCUCGAGUGGGACGAGACCAACGACUCGGGCAAGCCACUCUCCGAAGCAGAACUUCUAGCAGUAUGCCACAGCUCCUCUGAUGAACCAGUCAAAGGACGCGGUCUAACGCUCCGCAAAAGCGGGCGCACAAAACGUUCUAAAGAUCUGCAGCGAAUAUUCGGAGAGAACCCUCCAAGGAACAUCAGUCCCACCUCUCCCAACAUCCAACCAAGACCGUCCGAAUCCGAUCACGAGCCUGAUGCUGACAUGAUCCUAAACAUUGAUGACUCGCAGGGUCAGAAAGCACGCGCGAUCAAACGGGCAAGUACGAUCAGCGUCCUCAGCGGCCUUGGCGUGCGCGACCCGGAAAAAGCUCUCGACCCUGGUGCAUCGCCUACUCAAGGCCAGCUGAAACACCCGCUCCCAUCCGUAAAUUCCGGAAAGAAGCCUUCAAAGCUACGCAACUUCUUCGGCCAGCGUCCGCCGAGCGAGUUGAUCACGACGCACUUGACGGAAUACUUCCCGUUUACAGACAGGAAAAUGUUGCGGAAUGCACGGCACAGCAUGAUGCUCCGGGCUUCGAGCGUAAGCGGGGAGAAGAGGAACAGUACAAUAUCCCUCACGCCACCUCUUCCUUCGCGAUUCAGCACGAGCACGCAAGGUUCAGGAUCAGCACAGCGCUCGAUGUCACCCUCACGGACGAUAUCUUCCAAACGGAACUCUACUAUCUCUACUAGUUCGACGAUACCAGACACCCGGUCUUUGGCAGCACCUUCGAUCGGGGAGGACCCUCCACGAGUAUCGAUAUCUACUGAGGACGGACGAUCGGUGAUCCUGACUGGAGAUGAUGUUGAGAAGCUCUCUUCACUCGAUUCGAAACCGCAAUUACUCCCUCCUGUGACCUUCCCUUCGAUAUCGCUUUCGGAGUCUAUGGAAGACCUUACAGGUCCUCUCCGUCCGAGGUCGAACUCGAAUGCAUCUAAACGGAUGAGUUUCAUGACUGAAUUGAGGAGCAAGCGUGAUCGGUCGGAUACUGCCAGUUUAUUGACCGUGGAUGAGAUCACUGCUGAAGUGGAGAAUCGGAGACAGAGUAUGGCGGUUGAUAUGGGUGUUGAGGGCGCUGAAGACUGGACAAAGGUGGAGCCUGAUAUUGAUGAUGUCAUCGGUUUUUCGGAGGGCGAUGCUGUGCUCGAGGACGAUGAUGAUGACGAGGAUGAUGAGAGUGAGGAUGUUGAGGAGGAAGACGAGACUGGUCAGGCUAUGAACUCUUGCGGUGGCAAGUGGAUUAAAGGCGCACUCAUCGGUGCAGGGUCAUUUGGAAAAGUCUAUCUCGGGAUGGAUGCUGUAAACGGUCUCCUGAUGGCUGUGAAGCAAGUCGAGCUGCCAAGGGGCUCAGCUCCAAAUGAAGAGCGGAAGAAGAAUAUGCUCAGCGCGUUAGAGCGAGAGAUCGACCUUCUCAAAGAUCUAUCUCACCCAAAUAUUGUCCAAUACCUCUAUUCCUCGGUCGACGACGAUUUUCUCAACAUCUUUCUGGAAUAUGUUCCUGGAGGUUCUGUCACUGCAUUGUUGCGUAGCUACGGCGCUUUUGAAGAACCUCUCGUCAAGAACUUUGUACGACAAAUCUUGCAAGGCCUCAACUAUCUCCAUGAACGCGACAUCAUACAUCGCGAUAUUAAAGGUGCCAACAUCCUCGUUGACAACAAAGGCGGCAUCAAAAUCUCAGACUUUGGCAUCUCAAAGAAAGUUGAUGGUAAUCUUCUCACAGGAAAAAGAAUGAACCGCCCGUCGUUGCAAGGAUCAGUUUUUUGGAUGGCACCUGAGGUCGUGAAGCAAACCGCUCAUACUUCGGCUGCCGAUAUAUGGAGUGUGGGAUGCUUGGUUGUGGAGAUGUUGACUGGGGAACAUCCAUGGGCGCAGCUGACCCAGAUGCAGGCGAUUUUCAAGAUCGGUCAAUCCGCGAAACCUGCUAUACCAUCGGAUAUCUCUUCAGAGGCUCAGGAUUUCCUUACCAAGACUUUUGAUCUCAACCAUUCAGCUCGUCCAAGCGCUGGUGAGCUGCUUCAGCACCCCUGGGUUGCCGUCAAGAAGCACACAGGAUUUUCGAGUAAGAAUGCAGCGCCCAGGUCUAUUCCAACUAUCGAAAUAUCGGCAUGA